AUGCCCGCACAAAUCGCGCCGGGCAAGAUUCUCCGUCUAGAGAUGGAGAACUUCAAGUCCUACAAGGGCCACCAGAUAAUUGGCCCUUUCAAGGACUUCACCGCCAUCAUUGGCCCCAACGGAGCUGGCAAGUCCAAUUUGAUGGACGCCAUCAGCUUCGUCCUCGGUGUCCGUACCGGCCAGCUCCGUGGUGCACAGCUCAAGGACCUCAUCUAUGCUUUCGACGACCGCGAGAAGGAGCAGAGGGGCCGCAGAGCUUUCGUGCGGUUAGUCUACCAGUUAGCUAGCGGUGCGGAGAUUCACUUCACUCGAGCUAUCACGAGCGCUGGUGCGAGCGAGUACCGCAUCGAUGACAAGGUUGUCAACUGGGACGAGUAUAACAAGAAAUUAAGGUCUCUGGGGAUUCUAGUUAAGGCCAGGAACUUUUUGGUCUUUCAGGGGGAUGUUGAGUCUAUUGCAUCCAAGAAUCCGAAGGAGCUGACUGCUCUGCUUGAGCAAAUUUCUGGGUCCGAGGAAUUAAAGAGGGAUUAUGAGGAUAUGGAAGAACAGAAAGCGAGGGCAGAAGAGAAAACUGCACUUGCCUAUCAAAAGAAAAGAACAAUAGUAGGUGAAAGGAAGCAAAAGAAAGCGCAGAAGGAAGAAGCAGAGAAACACAAUCGCUUGCAAGCUGAACUGAAAUCUGUGAAGAGAGAGCAUUUCUUAUGGCAGUUGUUCACCAUAGAUAAUGACAUUACAAGGAUAAAUAAAGAACUUGAAGCUGAAACAAAGAACCGUCAAGAUGUUAUGGAGGAACUCGAGAGGUUUGAACACGAAGCUGAUAAAAAGAAGAAGGAGCAGGCUAGGUACCUGAAAGAGCUUUCCAACUGUGAAAAGAAGAUCCAUACGAAAAGCCUUAAGCUUGAAAAACAUCAACCUGAGCUUCUGAAAUUAAAUGAGGAAAUGACACGGUUAAGGUCAAAAAUUAAGAGCACCAGCAAGGAUCUUGAUAGGAAAAAAGAAGAACGGAAGAAACACGAGAGUGAGGUAAAAGAACUACAACGUGGCAUACAGGAUCUGGCAGCAAAACUGGAUGAUCUGAACGAGAGAAGUCGAGACAGUAGCGGCAAACUUCCUUUGGCUGACAGUCAACUGACCGACUACUUUCAGAUCAAAGAAAAAGCUGGGAUGGAAACUAGCAGGCUUAGGGAUGAAAAGGAGGUCUUGGACAGGCAUCAACAUGCUGAUAUGGAAGCUGAGAAGAAUUUGGAAGAGAAUCUUCAACAGUUGAGAAAUCGGGAGCAGGAACUUGAUUCACAGAAGGAGCAAAUGCAAGCAAAACUUAAAAAUACUGUUGACACUUCUGCUAGCCGUAAAACUGAACUGACAGAUCUGAAAGAAAAACUGCGGGGGAUACGAGAUAUGCAUCAGGAAACCAAGAACAAGCAUCAGAACUUGAAGUCCAAGAUCGGCGAGAUAGAUAGCCAAUUGCGUGAAUUGAAAGCUGAUAGAAAUGAAAACGACAGGGAUGCUAGGUUGUCCCAAACAGUUAAGACUCUUGAACGCCUUUUUCAAGGAGUUCAUGGACGUAUAAUUGAGCUCUGUAGACCGACCCAAAAGAAAUAUAACCUGGCUCUCACCGUAGCUAUGGGCAGAUUUAUGGAUGCUGUGGUUGUUGAGGAUGAAAAUACAGGGAAAGAAUGUAUCAAGUAUUUGAAAGAGCAAAGGCUUCCCCCUAUGACAUUUAUACCCCUUCGGUCUGUCCGUGUAAAGCCAAUUACCGAAAGGCUGCGUACUUUAGGGGGUUCUGCAAAGCUCGUCUUUGACGUGAUCAACUAUCCUUCUGCCCUGGAGAAGGCUAUACUCUUUGCGGUUGGCAAUACUAUGGUCUGUGAUGACCUUGAUGAAGCCAAAAAACUUGGAUGGGAAGGGAAGGGAGAGAGACUUAAAGUUGUAACUGUAGAUGGGACUCUCCUCACAAAGUCUGGCACAAUGACUGGCGGUACUAGUGGCGGGAUGGAGGCAAGAUCAAAGCAAUGGGAUGAUAAAAAGAUUGAGGGAUUGAAGAAGAAGAAAGAGCAGUUUGAGUCUGAACUAGAAGAGCUAGGGUCACUUAGGGAAAUUAUUCAGAUAGAGUCUGAAGCGUCUGGCAGGAUCAGUGGUCUUGAAAAGAAAAUCCAGUAUGCAGAGAUUGAGAAGAAAAGUAUUGAGGACAAGCUUGAGAACUUGAAAAAAGAGAAGCAAAUUAUUGGAAAAGAAAUUCGUCGUCUAAAUCCUGAAUUGCAGAAGUUGAAAGGUACUAUUGGCAGCAGAGGUAAUGACAUUAGGGAGUUGGAGAAAAGAAUAAAUGAGAUAGUUGAUGGGAUUUACAAGGACUUCAGUAAUUCUGUUGGUGUGGCAAACAUACGUGAAUUUGAAGAGAACAAUCUCAAGGCUGCCCAACAUGUUGCUGAAGAAAGGCUUAGUUUAAGCAACCAGCUGUCAAAGUUGAAGUAUCAAUUGGAGUAUGAGCAAAAGCGGGACGCAAAUGCAAGGAUUAGAAAGCUGGAAUCUUCUCUAGGUAAUUUAAAGAAUGAAUUGAAAAAUGCUGAGAAAAGAGAGGUUGAUGUCAAGUCAGCUACGGAGGACAUGACGAGUGAGAUUAAUAAGUUGAAGGAAGAAGUUCAAGAGUGGAAGUCCAAAGCAGAAAGUUGUGACAAGGAUAUUCAGGAAUGGAAGAAGCAGGCUUCAUCUGCUGCUACAAGUUUGUCGAAGCUUGGCCGUCAGAUAAGCUCCAAGGAGGCACAGAUUGAGCAACUCUUGUCUCGGAAGCAAGAUAUUGUGGAGAAGUGUGAAUUGGAGCAUAUCAGCCUUCCAAUUAUUUCGGAUCCCAUGGAUACUGAUUCGUCAAUUCCGGGCCCAUUCUUUGAGUUUAGUGAGCUGCAUAGAACUCUUCUUCAAGAUAAGGGGACUUCAGACAGAGAGAAGAUCGAUCUGGAAUUCAAGCGAAAAAUGGAUUCCUUGAGAUCUGAAAUAGAUAGAACUGCUCCAAACUUGAAGGCUCUGGAGCAGUAUGAGGCUUUGCUGGAGAAGGAAAGAGAAGCAUCUGAAGAAUUUGCCACUGCCAGCAAGGAGGAGAAUCAGGUCACCAAAGCAUAUAACUCGGUUAGGCACAAUAGACAUGAGUUAUUCAUGGAAGCUUUCAACCAUAUAUCAAAAGUAAUUGAUAAGAUCUACAAGCAAUUGACGAAGAGUGGCUCACAUCCCUUGGGUGGAACUGCGUAUUUGAACUUAGAGAAUGAAGAUGAGCCUUAUCUACAUGGUAUCAAAUACACUGCUAUGCCUCCAACCAAACGUUUCCGAGAUAUGGAACAGCUGUCUGGUGGGGAGAAAACUGUUGCAGCACUGGCUUUGCUUUUCUCCAUCCACAGCUAUAGGCCGUCGCCAUUUUUCAUAUUGGAUGAGGUUGAUGCUGCGCUGGAUAACUUAAAUGUCGCCAAGGUAGCUGGUUUCAUUCGUUCAAAAUCAUGUCAAGCAGGGACUCGGGUGGAUCAGGAGCACGAUGGUGCUAACCUUAACAUGGAAAGCGAUGGUGAGAGUGGCAGUGGUUUCCAGAGUAUAGUGAUCUCUCUGAAAGACAGCUUUUAUGACAAGGCCGAAGCUUUGGUGGGGGUUUACCGGGAUGCAGAUAGAGGCUGCUCGAGAACUCUGACAUUUGACCUGACUGGAUAUCGAGAGUCAUCAGGAUUGCUGUAA